AUGCACCAUCAUUGCCCAAUUCCUUCGUGGGCACUACCUCCGACUGUGCGGGAGAUCUUCCAGAUCCUCGAUCAGAUAAGCGGAAGGAGUGGCCAGCCCUGUGGGACCCGACCGGACUCGAUGGUUUUGUGGAACGAAAUUGGCGUUCCUGCCAUUCACAAUUACCAGAUCAUCCUGUCCGCACAGCUCGCGGUCAGACAAACUACACUGAAAGACCCUCAGGAAUUCCAACUUAAACUCGUCACCUACAUGAAUGGAGUCCCCGCAGACGCACCCUGUCUAGCCACUGCAUCAACCAAGAUGCGGUGGCUGGCGCCGAUCGUCACCUUCUCCAUCAAGCAACUGGACCGCUGGCUUGUGAGUCAUCUCAAUCAAGGCCUGACUUCUUCAGAGACCACUCACAGCUUGGACGUGCCGGUGUUUCCAUCGACCCUAAUGCUGAGCCUCUCGUGCCUCAGGCGACCCGGGCGACGCAAUGAGACUUGUUCAUCGUCCUCAGCAUCCCCCGAAAACGGUGUCCAAGCCCCAGCAUGUCAGGGUCGCCUGUCGGCCGCAUUCUGGCCGUUGUGUCGUAUCGGACUGUCAAUCUCGUUCCUCUUGCUUGACAGUGUCGUUCUUGUUCUCGCUAUCCUCUUCUCCCAUCUUCGCGCAGCAUUUGCCCGGAAUCGAGCCACGCCGCGAAAGGUCCCAUUAGACACCGUUUUGAUUUCGGGUAUUGGGACAACUGCCGGGCUAGCGCUGGCUCGGAAAUGGCACGCUCGUGGCUACCGUGUAGUCGGGGUGGAUAUCGUGGAGUGCCGUCUCCCCCUUCGACCAGGCGGUGGAAUGUCAAACACCCUCGCUACGUUCUACCGCGUAUCCAAAGACCGCUAUGUUUCGCAGAUGUUGGAUCUCGUGCUGCGCGAACAGGUCGCCAUUUGGAUUCCCUGCGCCCCGCAAUGCUCCCCGAUAGAAGAUGCCGCUCUGCGACAAAUCGUGGAGAGUCGCACUGUCUGCAAAUGCAUCACUCUCGACCCGGGAAUGACUGCCACUUUCAUCGACACCCAGUCCUUCCGCGAACACCUGGCGGGGAAAGGCCUACCGGUUCCUCAGCAACAUCGAGUGCACUCUCGCGACUCGAUUCAUAAGAUUCUCAAUCGGUCAGCCGGCAAAUCGUACAUGAUGCACGAAGUCGGCCCACGCAUGAAGGGGCCUGGGGUGAUGUUGCCGAAGCGAACACUCAGCAGUACAUACACCACCGUCAGCGAGCUUACCGUCUCAGAGGAUACUCCAUGGGUCAUGAACCAGCGGGUUCGACUUGGUGUGUUUUGGGCCGAUCUCUUGGUGAUCCGUGGUCACAUCCAGGCCUUUCAUGUGCGGACCGAGGAAGCAUCCUGGACAUGCCGUGAGAGCGCCUCGCGUUUAGAUCAGGCGCUCGUCACCUCGGUUCAUCGUCUGAUGCAGAGGGUGACUGUACAGGACGGCCAACGCAUGACCGGACAUCUUUCCGUCAGAUUGUUAGUAGAUGAGGAAUUUGAGCCGGCGUCUGUCCGACACGCAAUCUAUAUUUCUGAUUGUGUGCUUGGCGCUCGGGCUGUCGACUAUCUCUUCCGGCAUACAGACCUACCUAUUGCUGGCUAUCUCGCUGCCUUGAACCGCGAGCUGGCAUUCGAUCCGUCAAAACCGCCGCUGUUGUUGGCGCUAUCGUCACCUGCCCAGCCGUUGUCGUGGGACUUUUAUGCUCGAUGCUCUUUUGGCCUUCUGACGCAUGAUCAACUGGAAUGCCUUCAACAUGGGAUCAGUCCCUUUCUAUUGUGGAAGAGUCCCCAUUUUUCGCUUGGAGAUCCUCUCCCCUGGUGGUGGCAUUUGCAUGUCUACCAACCUAUAUGUGAGCUGCGAGUCUUGGCGAGGCAGUUUCGCCGUCAUUUUGAAAGUCGCUUUUUGUCCUCGCGCCCGGCAGCUGCAGAGUGA